AUGAUGCAAGGUAAAAAUGGGAGCACUCCACCAGUGCAGGACUUAUCCACUGACGCCAAUCUUUCUAAGAUUGAUGAUGGCAAAGAUGUUUUACAACAUUUUACAAGAGCCUCGGGCGAUAUUGAAGAGACAAAGGCGAGUGAUCUAAAAGGCGGAGAAAAUUGUCCAAAGGGUACAUCUCCUGAGGAAAUUGAUGUAUCUGGGGAUGUUAACAUGGAGGCAUCUAUAACACCUGAUGAUGUGAUCCGGGCUGGGGGAUUCGGCGCUAGAGAUGAUAUCAGUAGUUUACUUCCUGUUGCAAGUGAUUCAACUGACUUUGAAGCUUCAAUCCGUGAUGCACGAGACUACGAGGAAUCGCAGGGAGAAGUAAGCAGGCCCGGACUUGGUUGGACUGGUGCGACUAAGACUGAAUAA